AUGUUGGAAACCCCAGAGUCGUUUUUCGUGGCAAACGAUGAAAAUCAUCACGACGAUUCGGUGGUGGACGAAGACACCGACGACGCCGUUGCGGUGGAAAGUGCGGACGACGUCGCCGACACUAGCGGCGACAGCCAAGAACUGGAACCGGUGGCGGAACUCAACGAAUCUCAGGAAGAGAGUGGCGCGGAAGCGGAAGCUGUCGGAGAAGAACAGGAACUCGUACCUCAAGCGGAACUUGAACCCGAACCUGAACAGGAACCCGAGCCGGAACCCGAGCCCGAACCUGAGUUGAAUGUCGACGGAUUUGGCGAAGCAGAAUCGUUGGAAAAUUUAGAGGAAGAAACUGAACAACCAGAAGAAGAAAACGAAACAGCACCAGCGGAUGAAGAGCCAGUGAACGAGGAGGAAGCGGCGGAGGAAGAAGGAGAACCUACGGCCGAAGAAGAGCAGGCGGAAGAAGAAGCUCCGAACGAGGAAGGAGCGAUGGAAGAAGAACCUACGAACGAAGAAGAAGCGGCAGAGGAAGAACCUACGAACGAAGAAGGGGUGGCGGAAGAAGAACCUACCAACGAGGAAGCAGUAGAGGAAGCAGGUGAAGAGGAACCGGCCCAGGAAGGAGAAGUAACCGAGGAGCCCGCUGCUGUAGAACAGGAAACUGUAAUAACUGAGGAAGAAGCCGUCCCAACCGAAGAUGAAACCCAACCAGCUGAUGAAGUUGCUGUGGUCGAAGAGGAAGUCCCAGCGGUCGAAGAGGAAGCCUCCGCCGUCGAAGAAGAAGAAUUUUGGCCGAGGAGGAAGCCACAGGGAUCGAGGAAGAAGACAGCCAACCUGCUGAGGAAGUUACCGAGGAUCAAGCCCCAGCAGCGAACGAAGAAGAAGUUGUCCCAUCCGCCGAGCCGGAAUCAGCAGAGGCAGCAGCUGAAGAAGAAGCCCCGGAAGCAGAGUAAAGAACGAAACAUCGAGGGUAUAAAACCAACAACGAAAAAGAUGAAUUUUAAUUUUGAAUUUCUUUUGGGAAUUUUACUAUACUACAUACAUGUGGACGCAAGAAAAUAAUUUCGAUACCUCAUCUAUAAGGAGCAAUAUAGCUAUAGGUUUUCGGUAAAGAGAUUUAUUGGAUCUAUAAAUCUGUCGAGGAAAUAUAUAAUCACUAGCCAAUAUAUAAACUAGUCAACUCUCAGUGAAUGUGAGCGCAUUCCUCUUUGAUUUUAUUUGUCGUUUUGUCCGCCCCCCUAUAUUUUUUCGGGUCGUCGUCGCCGUCCUAUAUAAUGUUACCCAACGCAUGUGUCUUCACCCGUUUCUAUACGGAUGUCAUUAUAAUUGAAUUGCUUCUCUCUAUCCUUCUCCUCCUCCUCCUUCCUAGCUUGACAAAUAAGAUCCUAUACCCCCCCGCAGUAUAGAUUUCUUCGACCGGAAACCUAUCGUUCUAUAUACUGUCUGUUCCUUUUGGUUGGCCCUUUGUACUGAACGGCUUCUCUCUCUCUCUCUUAUUGCUGACUGCUAACUGCUCCCUCUAUUCGUAAUAAUACUUAUUGCUGUGUGCUAACUGUUCCGCAGCAUUAAUGCAAUAUCUGGAAGGAGUGGGGAGGAGAAGGAGGGAGAAUAAGAGACAAUGAAUUCAUCGUUCCAUUCUAUAAUAGUCGUCUAUUCUGCUAUAUGUAUAGACGUUGAUCAUUUGAAAUUUUGAAUGCUGGGCGUAUAUAGAAUGGAAGGAGACAAUAGUCGCUUCGUCCCUCUUUCUCUCCUAUAUCUAUUUCGAUAUUAUAUACAGUUUAAUAAUGGCCGUCCGUUAUAUUCCCCUUCUGCCUGCCCUCUCUUGCAAGUUGUCGAUCCGUCGUACCGUGGCCUCAUAUUGUAUUGCUCCGAUUACUGAGAAUUGAGAAAUAUAAAUUCAAAAUUCGCUUUUAGUUUUGCCCGGGAUUGUCGCCAGAAAGAAGGAAGUUCCUUCAGUCCUUCGAUUCACUCACGCGCUCGGUUUUAUAGACCUAUAAAGCUCAAUUAACAUACGAAAGAAAAAAAGAGCGAAAUCCAUCUCUUCUGACUAGAGAAUUUAAAUUUAUUUUCCCCCUCUCUUGAUCGAAGACUUUUCUCU